CCCCUUCUCCCUCCUCUCAAUUCCAGCAAACCAACCCCAAUUCAUAACCCAGAGACCCUCAAAAUGUCUCUGUCUCACAUAUUUCGACCAGCACUGCGCUCCCCGCGCAUCUACACCAAACGCACACCCACCUACACAUUAUCAUCAUCAUCAGCAUCAUCAUGUCCAUCACGCCGCACCUACGCCAGCCAAACACCCGGCAACCCAGUCAUGGAAAUCUUCAAUCGCAAAACCAAGCACAUGCAGAAGGACCGCGCAGCCCGCAAUGUCGAGGAGAGUCGCAAGACCGACUACAUCAAGGACGAAGUAGCCAUGCGGCUAUGUGAACGGUUGCUGGACAUCAAACGCACCUUCCCCCAAGUCCUCGAUCUCGGCGCCAACAGCUGCAACAUCGCCCGCGCUCUCACAAUGCCCGAUCCAGACCCCGACGCUCCCAACGGCAGCUCCCCACCCCUCAGCACUCGCAUCGGGGAAUUAACCUGCAUCGACACCUCCGAGGCCCUUCUCUACCGCGACGCAGACGAACCCUUCAACGACCAGAUCUCUCUAAAGCGGCAAAUUGUGCCUGAUCUCGAAUCCCUCCCCUUCCCGGAGAACUCCUUUGACGCGGUGCUCUCCUCGCUCUCGAUUCACUGGAUCAAUGAUCUGCCUUCGCUGCUGGCGCAGGUCAACUCUAUCCUCAAGCCGGACUGUCCGUUCAUUGCGGCGAUGUUCGGCGGGGAUACGUUGUUCGAGCUGCGGACGUCAUUGCAGUUGGCGGAUUUGGAGCGGCGUGGGGGUGUCAGUCCGCAUGUGUCGCCGUUGGCGGAUGUGAGGGAUGUUGGGGGAUUGUUGAAUAAGGCGGGCUUCAAGAUGUUGACGGUGGAUGUGGAGGACAUUGUGGUGGAGUAUCCGGAUACGUUUGCGUUGAUGGGUGAUUUGCAGGCGAUGGGGGAGAAUAAUGCCAUCUUGCAUCGGGAGUUGGGGCCCAUGUCGAGAGAUGUGUUGUUGGCGAAUGAAGCGAUUUAUCGUGAGUUGCAUAAGGAGGAGGGGUCUAGGGGAGUGCCGGCGACGUUUCGGUUGAUUUAUAUGAUUGGGUGGAAGGAGGGUGAAGGUCAGGCGAAGCCGUUGGAGAGAGGGAGUGGACAGUUGAAUCUGAAGGAUUUGUUGGGAGGUGGUUCCAUUGGUAAUUGAUCAUGAUUUUAGUGGAAUCGGUUCAUGUAUAGUAUAGAAUAUUGUGCUUGUAUAAUAUUGACGAGGAAAGGGAAAAAAAAAUCAAUAAAAAGGCACAUCUAGGAUAUCAUCCUGACG